AUGACACAAGGAAAUGGCACUGGCGUUACAGAAUUCUUUCUACUGGGAUUUGGUGGUCAACACAAGUUCCGGUAUGCUCUCUUCAUUGUAUUUCUUGUGAUCUAUGUGACCUCCAUGGUGGGCAAUAUUGGAAUGAUCCUACUCAUCAACACAGAUUCCAGGCUUCAAACACCCAUGUACUUUUUCCUGCAACAUUUGGCUUUUGUUGAUCUCUGUUAUACCUCUGCCAUUACACCUAAGAUGCUGCAAAACUUCCUAGUAGAAAAUAAGUCAAUAUCAUUCGUGGGGUGUGUAAUACAACUAUUGGUUUAUGCAACAUUUGCAACCAAUGACUGUUAUCUCUUAGCUGCUAUGGCACUGGACCGGUACGUAGCCAUCUGUAACCCACUUCGCUACCCCAUAGUUAUGUCUCGAGCAGUUUGUAUCCAACUGGUUGUUGGCUCAUAUGUCAUGGGCUCCCUAAAUGCCUCUGUACACACAGGAUUUACAUUUUCCAGGUCAUUCUGCAAGUCUAAUGUCAUCAAUCACAUUUUCUGUGAUGUUCCUCCACUUCUCUCCCUGUCUUGCUCGAGUAUCAACAUUAACAUCAUGCUGCUCCUUGUCUUUGUGGGAUUUAAUUUGAUGGUCACUGUUCUGGUCGUCAUCUUCUCCUACGUAUAUAUCAUUGGUGCCAUCCUAAAGAUGUCUUCCACUGCAGGGAGGAAAAAAGCCUUCUCCACCUGUGCCUCACACCUGACAGCAGUCACCAUUUUCUAUGGGACCCUCUCUUACAUGUACUUACAGCCUCCCUCAAAUAAUUAUGAAGAGAAUAUGAAAGUGGCUUCCACAUUUUAUGGCAUUGUGAUCCCCAUGUUGAACCCCUUGAUCUACAGCUUGAGAAAUAAGGAGGUAAAAGAAGCUCUAAAAGUGGUGGGAAAAAAGUUCUAG